AUGUUUUGCCAGUCUAUGGGGAUACGCUGUGGUUUUCUCCUAUUGUCGUUGACCUCCCAGGUGGUCAAAGGGGCCCCUCGUUGGUUGUGUAGGAAGAAGCGAAGUCACGUAGCCGCCACUGGCGUUUGUGCAGCAGUAUUCCAACGGUCGGGGGUCUGGCGCAGCCCCAGGAUGCUACACUCCGAAACUUCUGGUGCUGCGUCUGAUGAUCGCAAAUCAGCGCUGUUGCAAAAACCAGGCUCGGCAAGCAAGCUUCUGGAAGCUUGCCUCUCUGCGGACGGCUGUCUGGAAACUAGUCUUGGCCCGGAAACUUUCUCUGAGGUGCUGGAAACACUGUGCCGGCAGAACGCAACGAAGCACGCACGCACCCUGAUAAACGCACUUUGUAAGGGGCAGAGCCAUUCGACGGUAUUCGCAGCCGAUGAACAUAUCAUGCGGGUGCUGCCAACUUAUGUAGACCUAGUGCGACGCGAGCGUGAUCUCGAGGCGCUGAACGUUAUUCGAGAAGCCCUUGAACAAGGCAAGUUUGGUCACGCUCUGCAGAAAGUGACGCUGGUUGAGCAAGUGUAUCUCUCGAGUGUUCAGCUCGCUAUAGAACGUGAGCAGCUAGAGGAGGCUGUUGCGACGAUGAAAGCGCUCCGUCGCUUUGCUCGACGGCCGUCGACGCCGUGUCCGCCACCCGGCGAAUCCUCCGACGGAAGUGAAUCACUGACAUCAAACUUCGACGCAGUGGCUCAGCAGUUCGAGUCCGAACGAACCGAACGCUUUUGUAAGACGAUGCGCAUGUUUAGCAAGGCCCGAGACUUUCGCGGCCUCUUCCUCACCAUGGAUGCUGUACAGCUUUGCGGUUUGAGCUUGAGCGCCGCGGUUCUGGAUUGCCUUGCCCAGUGUGCCGUCCGUGAAGUGAGUUUUGUUACCGGUGCUGUAUCCAUGGACACAAUGCCGGAUGGGCGCUUCCCCGAAGCAGCGUUUUUCGGACGCUCCAAUGUGGGAAAGAGCUCCCUGGUGAACAUGGUGAUUGGUCGCAAAGCGCUUGCGAAAACGAGCAAGACUCCCGGUAAGACCAAGCAAUACAACUUCUAUCUUGUCAAUGAGGGCGACCCAACGAACGCUUUUUACCUCGUAGACUUACCUGGUGCAGGCUAUGCCAAAGUCUCAAAGGGACAACGGUUGGAGUGGGAGCGAAUGUUUGGGAGUUAUGUACGGGAGCGCAAGAAAUUGCGAGUACUCUUUCAUCUAAUCGAUAGUCAGACGGGUCCGCUAGAAGAAGAUGCACGUCUGAUGUCCUCGCUCGCGGGGACAUUGCCUGUGAAUGAGGGUCGCGGGAAAACUCAGGGGAAUCGCGCGCUGCACUAUGUUGUAGUUCUGACCAAGAUCGACAAACAAGACGGUUCGGUACCGCCUUCUGUCUUCGAUCGGUUGGAGCAGGUCUUAGAGAGCACCGGUCUGUUGAGUUCGCGCGAAAUUCCGGUUUUGACUACUUCAGCACAAACAAAAGCCGGCCGCGAAGCUGUCUGGCAGUAUCUACGUCUGCUCCAUAAACACUGGCGCUAG